AUGAUGAUUAAUGUGAUUAGAUGUGUUAAGAUCAAAUCAAAUGACGAUAAAAGUAAAUACACUUUACCUACUAGGAAGUGGACGUAUCUGAGUUCGUUAAUUUUGCGAAGAAAACGUAAUUCUAGGCAGUCAGCCAUGUGUUCUUGUAUAUGUGAUUGCAUUACCAGUACUUGCGCAUGUUGUGCAAAAACUUGCUGUUCAUGUGUUGCUUGUAGCAUCCAAACAAUUUUGAUGUUUUGUCUUGUGCCAAUUAUCAUCUUACUAAUAAUUGCCGACUUGAUGACCGUUUGAAGGAAUUUCUGCAUUUUUUAUUAAAGAAGAAAAUCAAUUGAAACUCUAUUCAUAAUCAACUACCUACUUAAUUGUGUAUCUACAUAUCCCGCGUCAUGUGCUGCUCUUAUACAUAGUAUCUACGAUGAAUGUUUCAAUAUUUUUGAAUAAAAUGAGUAG